GACGAAACGUUUGCAACAAAAACUUCCAGCUGGGCGAACAGAACCACAGCAAGAAACAACAUUUGCCAAAUAUGGAAAGACACAUAUCCAAGCUAAUCUGGAAGAUGAACUGGUGAAGGAGGCAUUGAAAACAGGCGUGGAUCUGAGGCAUUACUCCAAACAGGUCGAGACCGAAUUACAGCACAUCGAACAUGCCUCCGUCAAGGACUACAUUAAGGAAAGUCAGAACAUUGCAAGUCUGCACAAUCAGAUCACAGCCUGUGAUACCAUCCUGGAGCGGAUGGAGCAGAUGCUCAGCAUGUUCCAGUGCGACCUCAGCAGUAUCAGCUCAGAGAUCCAGACCCUGCAGGAGCAGUCCAUCACCAUGAACAUCAAGCUGAAAAAUCGCCAGUCUGUGCGCAGCGAGCUGAGCCAAUUGGUCGAUGAGCUCGUCAUUCCGAACUCCAUGAUCACAACUAUUCUGGAGACGCCUGUGACUGAGCAGCAAUUUGUGGAGCAACUGCACGAACUCAAUAACAAGAUCAACUACGUGAAGGAGCAGUCCUUUAAGGAAACGCUGGCUUGUUCAGAUGUGCAGGAUACCCUGGACCGGCUGAAGAUUAAGGCUGUCUCGAAGAUCCGGGAAUAUAUUCUCCAGAAGAUCUACUCCUUCCGGAAGCCGAUGACAAACUACCAGGUUCCUCAGAAUGCGCUGCUCAAGUACAGGUUUUUCUACCAGUUCCUGCUCGCAAACGAGCGGCAUGUGGCCAAGGAGAUCCGAGAUGAGUACGUUGACACCAUGAGUAAGAUCUACUUCUCCUACUUCAAGUCGUACAGCAGCCGGCUGAUGAAAGUGCAGUACGAAGAGGUCGCUGACAAAGAUGACCUGAUGGGUGUCGAGGACACUGCAAAGAAAGGCUUCUUCUCCAAACCGUCACUGAAGAAUCGCAACACCAUUUUUACCCUGGGGAACCGAGGCAACGUUAUCGCAUCAUCAGAACUGGAAGCACCCAUCAUCGUGCCUCACGCAGCUCAGAAGAGCGACAUUCGGGUAAGCGUGCUUCGUGUCAAGUCAGGGAUUUGUAAGGAGCUGCGAGUGGUGGACCUCCUGUUAGCCAUGUCCUCCCCGCACCUCUCUGUGCAGCACCAGAGCACGUUCUGA